AAAGAUAGUAAAAAAAAAACAAACAAACAAACAAUAAAGAACAAAUUUGUGAAACGCGAAAAUUCUAAAAGAUAAAAAAAAAUUGUUAAAACAGUUAGAAGCAAUUUUUAAAUUUCAAUUACGAAAACUUGUGUUAAAAAAUAAAAAUUAAGAUCUCAAACUCUUUUUUAAAGAAUUAUUCGAUGUCAAAAAUGAUUAAGAUUUUAUACUUGCUAUUUUUAAUAACGACCGCUUAUGCUGAACCACCUGUUAAUACAUAUUUACCACCAGGUGGUGGUGGUGGGCAAGGUGGAGGCAGUGGAAAUGGUUUCGGUAGUCCAUCAUCAAGUUAUGGGCCUCCAGGCAGCGGUGGAAAUGUUGGUGGUGGAGCUGAUCUAAGCGGUGGUUCACCAUCUGAUUCAUAUGGUCCACCAGCCUCAGGAUCUGGACCUGGAGGAGCACCAUCAUCUACAUAUGGUGCUCCAGGCUUCGGUUCUGGAAGUGGUAGUGGUGGUGCUGGUGGUAGUGGUAAUCGAAAUGGUGUUAGUCGGCCUUCAUCAUCUUACGGCCCACCUUCAAAUGGACAAAGCGGUAAUGGGUAUAGAAACGGAAAUGGUGGAAGUGCUGGUAGACGUCCUUCAGACACAUAUGGUGCUCCAGGAACAGGACAAAAUGGUGACCGACCUUCAUCAUCUUAUGGACCUCCCGGCGCUGGUAGUGGAUCCAAUGGAAACCGACCUUCGUCUACAUAUGGAGCUCCAGGACAAAAUGGAAAUGGUUACAGAAGCGGCGCACAAGGCGGUGGUCAAAAUGGCAAUAGACCAUCUUCAAGCUAUGGACCUCCUGGACUUGGCGGUUCUGGCGGCAGACCAUCGGAUACUUAUGGUGCUCCAGGUACUGGAGCAGACAGACCUUCAGACACUUAUGGCGCUCCAGGUAGUGGUGGAAGUGGUGGUCGAAAUGGUGCAGGAAGACCGUCAGAUACAUAUGGUCCUCCAGGAUCUGGUGCAGGUUCAUACAAUGGAAAUGGUGGUCGCGGCGGUGCUGGUAGACCUUCCGAUACAUACGGGGCCCCAGGAUCUGGUCAGAGUGGUUUUGGUAGUGGGAGCGGUGCUGGUAGUGGUGGCGGUGGCCGUAACGGCGCUGGUAGACCAUCAGAUACAUAUGGGGCUCCAGGAUCAGGAUCAAAUGGCUUUGGACAAAAUGGAUCAGGUGAUGAUGGAAGUAAUGAACCAGCUAAAUAUGAGUUUAGCUAUGAGGUUGAGGAUGCUCCAAGUGGUUUAUCUUUUGGGCAUUCAGAAAUGCGUGAUGGUGAUUUCACAACUGGUCAAUAUAAUGUUUUAUUACCUGAUGGUAGGAAGCAAAUUGUUGAAUAUGAAGCCGAUCAAGGGGGUUAUAGACCACAGGUACGUUACGAAGGCGAAGCUAACGCUGGUGGGGCUGGCGGAAGAGGCGGUGGAUUUGGUGGUGGGCUUGGAGGUGGUUCUGGAGGUUUUGGGGGAACUGGAGCAGGUGGAGACGAUGGGUAUAAUUAUAAUCAACCUGGAGGUCAAGGAGGACGUGGUGGAUCAAAUGGUCAAAAUUUAGGUCAAAACGGUUAUUCAAGCGGUAGACCAAAUGGAAACGGCGGUAGAAAAAGUGGUGGAAAUGGAGGAAGUGGUGGAUCUGGAGGAAGAGGGCAAAAUCAAGGAUCAAAUGGUUAUUCCAGCGGUAGACCAACCGGACAAGACUUUGGUCAAAAUGGGUAUUCAGACGGUAGACCAGAUGGUGGACAAGAUUUAGGUCAAAAUGGUUAUGAAAGUGGACAACCGAAUGGACAAAACUUAGGUCAAGAUGGGUAUUCAGGUGGUCGACCUGGUGAACAAAAUGGUGGUGGAAGAGUACCAAGUGGUCAAGAUUUCGGACAAAACGGUUACUCAAGCGGCAGACCUAAUGGACAAGAUUUGGGACAAAAUGGCUACUCAAGUGGGCAACCUGGUGGCGGUAGUUCUGGCAGAAAUGGUGGUCAAACUUCUGGUCGGAAUGGUUAUUCUAAUGGAGGACCAAGUGGUCAAGAUUUAGGACAAAACGGGUAUUCAAGUGGUAGACCAAGUGGUCAAGAUUUGGGGCAAAAUGGCUAUUCAAAUGGUAGACCAGAUAGUGGUAGAAACGGUAGCGAUGGAUCUCGAAGAAACGGUGCCAGUAGUCGGGGUGGUAAUGGUGGACGUGGUGGUGGUAGUGAUGGUUAUAAUUAUGAUCGACCAACUGGAGGUCAAAGUGGAACAAUAGCUGAAAAUGGUGGAUAUCAAUAUUAAGUUUGAUUUAAAAAAAAAAAACAAACAAAAAUAGCAAACUAAACAACAAUGCAAUUUCUUUUUUUUUUUCAAUUCUAGUUAAUUUUAAAUCAAUGUUUUUAUUUUGUAUAUUUCUAAUACUUGAGUUAAGACAUUAGCUUUAAAAUAAAUUUUCAUAUCGAAAUAUUCAUAUACAUAGUUUUAUAUACAUGCCAGAUUAAUUAUUAGUAAAUGCAUAAAAGAAAAUCAAAAAAAAAAAAAUAAUAAAGUAGGAAAUAAAUAGACUUGAAUAAAUAUGCAAUUAUAUACAAAUAUUAUAUAAUUGAAAAAUACUUGUAUUGUUUUGUUAAAAAAGUAACCCAGAUUGAUACCCACAAUCAUACUUACACUUUUAACCCUUACUUAUUUUAUAUUGGCAACUAUAUGCACGUAAAAAUUAUUGAAAUUAAAAUAGUGGUUUUUAAAAUUGACAUUUUUCUUAUUUAGGUUAGAUAAUUAAUAACAUUAUUAAUUAUCUUAUUUAUCGAAAGGGAUGGCCGUAGUGACCGAACUCAAAUAACACAUCAUUAAAAAAUGUAUGAUCUGGAAACUGAGUUAUAUCU